UUUUAUUUGCCUGUUGAAGGGAUCCGUUUGUUGCUAUGGUUGAAAAUGUCUCCUUAACAACCGGACUAAAAAUGGAGUGAACUUCGGUUGUAUUACCAAACGCUGUGGGGUGGAAUGGCAGAGACAGCAGAGAGCAAGAAAGAAGAGGCAGACUACAAAAGGCUGCACAGCUUUCCUCUUAUCAGGCACACAGACAUGCCAGAGGAGAUGAGAGUGGAGACUAUGGAGCUCUGUGUCACAGCCUGCGAGAAGUUCGCCACCAAUAACGAGAGUGCAGCGAAGAUGAUCAAGGAGUCGAUGGAUAAGAAGUUUGGCAGCUCGUGGCACGUGGUGAUCGGCGAGGGCUUUGGCUUCGAGGUGACACAUGAGGUCAAGAACUUGCUCUACAUGUUCUUUGGAGGAAGCCUGGCCGUUUGUGUCUGGAAGUGCUCCUAGCAUCAAUAACCACUCUAGAUCUAUGUAUCUGUCUGUCUAUCUACACUAUAUAUAUAUAUACAAAAGUAUAGUGGAUUCGGCUAUUUCAGCCACACCCUCUGACAGGUGU